CUUGCUUUGAGAAGGCAGAGCCAACACGAGGUGCCCAGGUAUAGCAGGAAGAUGUGAGCCCAUUUGGGGGGCCAGAAGCCAAUCCUGCAGCUGGGGCGGAAGGGAGCCACCUUAAAAGUGUCAGGCGGAGCUGGGAAGCGUUGCGACCGAGGAAGAAGACCGAGGCAGCUGCCAGCAAAGACAAGCUCUAUCUGCCACAGCGCAGCAAGAAGCGUCAAAGGAGGAGGAAGGAGGGAGGGAGGGAGGAAAGAGGAGGGAGGGAGAGAGAGAGAGAGACUUCUCCAGAGCAGCCUCCUCUUCCCCUUCUUCCCCCUCCCGGCUCCUGCUGCCUGCGUUUCCUGACACCCAAGGAGCCAGCCACCCAGCCAGCCUCCGCUCGCGACUCCAGGAUUAUUCCCCGGGCCAAGGCUCCAGAUGGCGGGCUGGGGCAGGCUGAGCCAUCUGCUUUGUCUCUUGCCUCGCCUCCCCAAGUGAAGCAGAAGGAAAGGGGAAGAACCCGCAAGUCUCUCCGUCAACUUGAACCGGUUUGAAGACUCUGGUAUUCUUUAUGACAUCUCUUCUGAUGGCCCACCUGAGCACAGUGCUUGUAAGGACAGCUAUGAAGAGGCCAGAUAAACAAUCUCCCAUGUGGAUCAGCAUUUGAUUUCUGCUAUUCACACUAAAGAUUAACAGCAGUGACACAGAUACAGUUCCCAUGCAAACUGGAGCAAUGACCCAGAAGAAUUCCUAGUGCAGUUUCUCCAAGAGCAUUUAUGAGAGGUGAGCAUCGCCUCCUCUGAGCCGGCCUGAAAAAUGGGUGAUGGCACAUGGAUCACGCUUAGUCCAGCGGAAUUUGCUCAGCUCCAACAGUAUACGGAGUAUUCCACGAAGAAGUUGAAAGAUGUUCUGGAAGAGUUCCAUGGGGACGGUGUCCUCUCGAAAUAUAACCCAGAACAGAAACAAGACACUCUGAACCAACCUAUUGACUAUGAAGGAUUCCAGCUUUUCAUGAGAACAUAUCUGGAGGUCGAUAUUCCUGAAGAGCUCUGCCAACACCUCUUCAUGUCCUUCAAACGAAAACUUUGCCAAUAUUCCCCAGAGAGCCAGCGGCAAAGUUCCAGCAUUACGCAGCUCAGCAAUCUUGAGUCCAAGACUAUUGAUACAGGCAUCUCCAUCCAGACUGAAGUUGCUUGUGCUCCUGUUACAGGGAUCAAUGGGAAAACUCUCAACACCAUGGGAAGGCACACGCCUGAAUCCAAGAGCUCCCAAGCAAACCUGGCAGAGCAGCAAACAGCCUCCUUAUGUCCCACUCCAACCAAUACCAAUGCCCUUGGGAAUGCCUCACCAAGCUGGUCCAGGUCAUCAUCACAGAAAUCCACUGCCGGUACCCCCUCUGCUCACAAUUCCUCAGGGUCCUCCAAGAUGUCCUCAGGUUCUCUGCUAAGCCCACAAUCCCCAGGCUCCAAAAGCUUGGAGAAGAAGUUGCCAUUCAACCUCCGAAAGAGCCACAUCUCCCUGAAAACAGCCAGUCCACAACCGCCAGCCCCAUCAUUGGCUCAGGUAGUCUACCUGAAGGACAUUGUCUGCUCCCUGUCACUGCUGGAAAGGGGACGGGCUGAGGAUAAGCUGGAGUUUAUGUUUCGGCUGUAUGACACAGAUGGCAAUGGCCUCCUGGAUAGCUCGGAGCUGGAUCGAAUUAUCAAUCAGAUGGUUCACGUUGCAGAAUACUUGGAGUGGGACUCCACUGAACUAAAACCGAUCUUGAAAGAGAUGAUGGAAGAAAUAGACUAUGAUCAUGAUGGAACUGUGACGCUAGAAGAGUGGAUUCGGGGUGGUAUGACCACCAUCCCCUUGCUGGUUUUGUUGGGCAUGGAAACAAAUGUAAAGGAUGAUGGGCAACAUGCCUGGAGGUUGAAGCACUUCAAGAAGCCUGCGUACUGCAACUUCUGUCGCACAAUGCUGUUGGGCGUCCGGAAACAAGGCUUAUGCUGCUCCUUUUGUAAAUAUACAGUCCAUGAAAGAUGUGUCUCUAAAGAAAUUCCCCCCUGCAUCAGCACUUAUGUGAAAUCCAAGAGAAAUACAAAUGUUAUGCAGCACACAUGGAUUGAAGGGAAUUCCCUAGCCAAGUGCGAUCGAUGUCAUAAAAGCAUCAAAUGCUAUCAGGGCAUUACCGGACUACAUUGCGUAUGGUGCCAAAUCACACUUCACAACAAAUGUGCCUCCCUUGUGAAGCCUGACUGUGAUGGUGGACAGUUGAAGGACCACAUCUUAUUGCCUUCCAACAUUUGCCCAGUGGUUUUGGAUAGGCAAUCCCACCCAAGAAGAUCAGAGAGUGAAUCACCCUCCAGCACUACUCCAGAUGACACAAACAUGACCUUCAGGUACAACACCACCACAGUGGAUGGACACGGAUUGCAGAUCACCCCUAACCCUGGAACACAUCCACUGUUGGUGUUUGUGAACCCCAAGAGCGGAGGGAGGCAAGGAGAAAGGGUCCAUCGGAAGUUCCAUUAUCUACUCAACCCCAGACAAGUUUACAAUCUGGACCGAGGGGGACCUAUUCCUGGGUUAAACUUUUUUCGUGAUGCCCCAGACUUCCGUAUCCUGGCUUGUGGAGGGGAUGGAACUGUUGGGUGGAUCCUGGACUGCAUAGAUAAGCUAAACUUAGCCAAGCACCCUCCUGUAGCUAUCCUGCCCCUGGGGACAGGCAAUGACCUUGCCCGCUGUCUACGAUGGGGAGGAGGUUAUGAAGGAGGCAACUUAAUGAAAGUUCUGAAGGACAUUGAACAUAGCACCGAAGUCAUGCUAGACCGAUGGCAAAUUGAUGUCAUUCCCAAUGACAAGGAGGAAAAUGGGGACCCUGUCCCAUUAAGCAUAAUCAACAACUAUUUUUCCAUAGGAGUGGAUGCAUCUAUUGCACACAGAUUCCACAUGAUGAGGGAAAAACAUCCAGAAAAAUUCAACAGCAGAAUGAAGAAUAAGCUGUGGUAUUUUGAAUUUGGCACAACAGAAACCUUUUCAGCCACCUGCAAGAAGCUCCAUGAUUAUGUAGAAAUCGAGUGUGAUGGAACAGUUCUGGAUCUGAGUAGCACUUCUUUGGAAGGCAUUGCUGUGCUCAACAUCCCCAGUAUGUACGGAGGUUCCAAUCUCUGGGGAGAAACCAAGAAGCAACGUAGCCUUAACCGGAUGAGCAAGAAAGUGCCAGAGAAAUUACAGUCUUCAGUGGUUAUAGAUGCCAAGGAGCUCAAAUUCUGUGUUCAAGAUCUCAGUGAUCAACUCCUAGAAGUUGUGGGCCUUGAAGGAGCUAUGGAGAUGGGGCAAAUCUAUACUGGGUUGAAGAGUGCUGGGAAGAGGUUGGCUCAGUGUUCGUCUGUCACCAUCAGGACAUCCAAGCUUCUGCCCAUGCAGGUGGAUGGUGAGCCCUGGAUGCAGCCUCCUUGCACAAUUAAAAUUACCCACAAAAGCCAAGUGCCAGUGUUGUUGGGACCUCCCCAAAAAAGCAGCUUCUUCUUCUUGAGGAGGAGAAACCGAACUCGAGACUAAUCUGCGACCUGCAAAGAACAAUCUUCAGAUGCAGCAAUUUCUCCAUUCCAGCAGCAGCCCUGCAAGGAAACCUUAUGGAAAAGAAAAGAAAACCUUCAUCCCUUCAGAUUUCCUGGCUUCUGAAGCUGCUUUGGAAACAUCAGUCUGGUGGGGGCCGUGUUGUGAACUCUUAGUGGAAAAUAACAGGGUUGGCCUUCGGGAGCUGAACUGAAAUAGCGGUGUGGGUUUGUAUAUACAUGCACACAUAGCCACAUUCUCUAAAUAUCACUGGCAGGGAUAACACUAACACUGAUGGUUUGUGAGGAUUUUUCUCCUUCCACAGUGCCACCCCAUCCAAGGCGGGGAAACUCUCUCAAUUGCUCUGCAUGGCCUGUGGUAAAAGCCAGGACUCUUCUGGGGAAAACUGUUUUGGGCAGCCAUGAUUUACACCCAGCCCGGUCCAGAAAGCAAACAGACAAACCUGGAAACGGCAUGUCUGACGUAGCCCUGCAGGUGGGAUGGGGAGAGCUUUUCCAUUUUAUCCAGACUCUUUAGAACCCCGGAAGUUCCUGUCAAAACAUCAAACUUGGCGAGAAUGCAAGCUUUGCUUAUUUAUUUAUUAUUAUUAUUCCUUCUUUUCAAAAAGUAUGUCAGAAGACAUUUGGCAUCUCACUGGACUGCUUUCAUAGUUGCCAAACUUGACACGUUAUUAGAAUGUUAUUUAUUUUUCUUAGCUUAGAAAACAUGGGGGGGGGGCAGAAAAGGGAAAAGGGGAACAAAUUAUCCAUCACAUGCAGAGCCUAGUUAUUACACAGCCCAGUUCUUACAAGAACAAUAUCCUUUGCUAAUUUUGGUUGUAAUUUAAAACAAAACUGAAAAGCAGAAGUUAGUUAGGCAUUCCAUUUUAAAAGUCCAAAAAUGCAGAAAGCCCUUAUUGCCAAGAAAAAAACAAGUCCACAAUAAAAAGGCUGAAACUUUUUUUUUUUUUUUUGCUUUUUUAAAAAUAGAAAGCAAACUCAGGGUCUUUUAACCAACUGUAGUUUGGCAUGAUGGCAGCCUCAACAAAUCUAAAGAUACUUUAAAAUAUGUAGGUUUUUGGUGUCGUAUUGGUGAGUUUCUGGGAAAGAAAUAAGCUAUUACAGUGGGCACAAAUAUAGUGCCAGUUUUGGGCACAUAGAGAAAAUAUAAUUGCAGAUAGCCAGAGAAGUUGCAGCAUAGUAUAGUCCUGUUGAUAUUUUUGUACUCUCUUUCCAUUUGGGUAGGGAUUUUUUCCCUUUUUCUUUAAUUCAAACACAUUCAACAUGUAUGAAACUUUUUCCCCCUGACAGCUUCAAUUAAGAGUGAGUUCCUCCUCCAAUCUCUCUGUCUCUCAUGAUGGGACUGGUUGUAUCCACUGGCAAAUUGUGUCAAAUGUUGGGUGUGUUACAAUUCCCUGAAUAUGCAGCUAAGGUUUAAUCAAAACCAAAUACAAAUUCUAUGGUAGGCAUUUGAAUGCUGUUAAGAAGCCAAACUAAAGUGGCGGAAAAAAUAAUUGCACCAUUUAAUGAUCAGCAAAUGACCAACAAAAUUUUGAAUAGGUAAAUUAAAACAAACUACCAAAAGCAUGAGAUGUUUCAGCACUACAUGACUCCAGUAAUGGAUAUCAUCAGAACAUCUUUGUUUUGGAUAUGCGUCUUUGUUUUAAAUUAUCCAUUCAUUCUUUUUGUUGUACAUCUGCUGGACAUUACAUUGCAUGGUUGUUUAGAAGAUUAUAAAUAUGUGAAUUGCAUCACCAAUACCUUGGUUUCCUUGAGAAAUAAACUUUAAAAUUGCAAUUCAA